CACACACACACGUGUUCAGCGCUGCAUGUUUCCGCAGCACAUGUUUGUUUAUAUGAGUGUGUGACUCUCUGUUGAACCGCUGUGAAGUUUAACACCGAGAAGCGUCGCCAUGAGCGGGCAGCAGCAGCGCCUGCCCCCGCCGGACUUCAGCGCGGAGCCUCAGCAGAGCUCCAGAGCCUUCCAGGCGGCCCGAGACUGGAGCUGGAGCCAGCCGGAGCCCGGGGUGUGGAGCUCCAGAGGCGGACACAGAGCCGCACAGCCCCGCGCAGCUCAUCAUAAUAAUCAUCUCCAUCAUCAUCAUCAUCAUGAGGGCUGGCAGGGCUCCAUGCAGCAGCACUGGGGGAAAAAGAAGCAGCAGAAGCAGCCAGAGUUCAGUCAUUUCUGUGACUCCUGUGAUCGAGGAUUCAAAACUCAGGACAAAUAUGAGGAGCACAUCGCACAGCACGUCAAGUGUUCAGUUCCAGACUGUCAGUUUUCAGCUCAUGAGAAGCUGGUGAAGAUCCACUGGAGGAACAAUCACACUGCAGGAGCUAAGAGGAUCAAGCUGGAGACCGAGGAGGACAUCAGGAGGUGGAGAGAGGAGCGCCGCAGAAAUUACCCGACGCUGAGAAACGUGGAGAAGAAGCAGAAGCUGAUGGAGGUGAAGGAGCAGCGUGGAGACGUGCUGGAGACGCCACAGUUCGGGCGUUUCAGGGGCCGCGGGGGUCCACAACGGGGCCGGGGGUCCAGUCUGGGGAAACGGCAGCAUGAGGACAGAGACCCACUCGCAGCGCUGGCCGACAGUGAAGCCGACUCUGAUAAGGACGAGUGUGUUCAGAAGCUCACUGUCGCCCCCAGGAGUGUGACAGCGGCACUGGGAUCCCUGAUGUCCAGCUAUGGAGAGCAGAGCAGCGGCAGCGAGGAGGAGGACGAUGCUCCACUGCUCAAAGCUGCUCAGGUCUUACAGGCGAACCAGAGCAUCCUGACAGCACCGCAGCACACACACACAGCACCGCAGCACACACACACAGCACCACAGCACACACACACAGCACCACAGCACACACACACAGCAUCGCAGCACACACACACAGCAUCGCAGCACACAGCACCACAGUCCCAUCAUGCACAGCGACAUAGAGGACGAGGAAGAAGAGGAGGCAGAGGAGGUCGAGGAGCUCACGGUAAACCAGCUGAACUGCAGAGACAACCACCAACACUGCUGGAGAUGUUGCUGGCUCCUGAUAUCCGGCACGAGAGGAAUGUGGUCCUGCAGUGUGUUCGCUUCAUCAUCCGGAACAGAUUCUUCGGUUUGGCUGGAAAAGAUGGAAAUGAAAUCAGUGUGUGUGAGGAGCCCAUCAGCCAAUCACAGCACAGAUGCUCAGAGUCAUGACCACACACACACUGAUCUGGAGUCAGUGAGAGCAGAAGAGGAGCGGAACACUCAUAAAGACACACACACAGACAGUCAGAGAUCAGUGUGUGUGACGGCUCUGUCUUCAUUUCCUGAUCUUCUGUUUGGCUGGAGAAGCGUCUGUGAUGAAUGAGUUUAUUUUACAGUCAAAGCUUGAUUAAUGAGGAUCUGCAGGUUAAUUUGCAUAAUGAACACGUGAUCUCUGCUCAUGGUCUUCAGGUUGGCUCCUCCUGCUGGCCGUCUCACAGAAGUGCCUGCUCCGUCAGUAAAUCAUGACUGUUGUCUUUAUUUAAUGUGAAAUGAUCUUUUGCAUCCUCAAAGUGUUAAAGCUUUAGCAGAUAGUUCUGUAAUUAGCUAACGGUGGUCAACUACAGUAGUUAUGAAAUCCAUUACUACUCAUUAGUAAAUCACAUUAACACAUUUGUUUAAUAUUAUUUAAUGGUCAUAAAGUAACGAUGAGCGGCUGUAUUUUAUACACAUUAGUUAAUCUUAAUGUUGUAUUUCUCAUCAGACGGGUCCAUUGAGUAAUGGAGCUUUAUUAUAAUGCAUGAAUGCAGACAACAAUCUUCAUUUCUAUUCGUUAUGUUUAAUUAUAUUCAUGUGCAGAGAUUAAAAGAGCUUUCCAGGAUCAUAAUAAAGCUGUUUUUUUUCCUCA